UCUGGUGCGGGAGUGGUAGUGGUGGAGGCAGGACGAACGAUGACCAUGGAGGAGUCAGCCAGGACUCAGCUGCUGCUGCAGAAACACCCAUCACUGAAGUGUAGUGCUCUCCUCAUCUUCCUUGACAGCGGUAGUGUCAACCAGGAGGAGUCUGACGGCUGGAACUCCACCAGUCUUGUGUUCAGGUUCCUGGAGUGGUGUGGGUUGUGGCAAUACCCGGAGCUGCGUGUGGUGAUGGUGGGUCCGAGAUCAGCAGCGAAGACCGUGCUCCUUCAACACUCACUUCGUAAUACGCUACAUGCACUCUACCUCGCAAUCGACGAUGGCAUUCUCCAACAUACUCGACAAGACCUAUCAUCGAAAGCAUGGUUAAAGAAGGCUUCCAGAAGAGGUGAGGAAGCAAAAUUAAGAGUGUACAAACGGUGUUUGUACUGUAAGCGAGGCAAUCCCGGUGUCCAGUUCCUCCAGCAGUCAAAUCUCUCCUACAGCAUCCAGAAAGGAGAGACGUUUCCUGACGUGCUGGCGAACAUGAAUGGCCACAAAGUCCAGGUAGUCGUGAUGCCUUACUUUCCUUUUACUGACUACGAGCGGCGAGGUGAUCCUGGCAUCACCCCGGUCACUCCUCGUGACUCUCUGGAUGUCCGUAUUCUCAACACCCUCGCUGCUCAUUUCAAUUUCACGUACGAAAUGCGAGAGCCUGCUGACAGACAGUGGGGACUGCUCGGGAAAGAAGGUAACUGGACAGGUAUCGUGGGCGAACUACAACACCACCGAGCGGACCACUCAACACUGCUCAUUCCUAACUAUGUCAGAAGUCGAAUCAUUCAGUUCUGUAAGCUCUACUCCCGCGACCCAAUGGUCAUAGUCUCCCUCAAGCCACAACCUCAUCCUCGUCACCUCUCAAUCAUCAGGCCUUUUCCAGGUUUGGUGUGGCAGAUACUACUGUUGAGCUUGGUAUGUUGGAGUGUUGCUUUCUGGGUGAUGCAGAAAGUGUGGACCUGGCUGCUGGGUGGAAGUGGCCUCAAGCUAGGCUCAUCCCUCUACUUCAGCUGGUCAGUCCUCCUGGAAAACGCACGAGACAAUAUGCCCCACAAUCUGAUGGCUCGGGUGUUAGUGGGUUGGUGGCUGGUGGUUUGCCUGGUGGUGUCCUCAGCAUACAGGUCAUCAUUAAUAUCACACCUCACCGUCCAGGAGUACUCCAGGCCAAUCAACUCCUUCCAGGACCUCUUGAAGCGUCCUGGAUGGACCUGGGGCGCCAUGGAGGAUAUGCGCACGAGCAUUUAUCGCAACUUCUUCAUGGAGAGCGGCCCUCUCAUGCGGUAUAUUUACGACAGAUUUGAGUUUGUACAUGGAAGGGGCAUUCUCGAAGACCUCCAACAACAGUAG